AUGCCCUCGUCUCUCUUUCCUCAUCUCUAUCUAUCCCUUCAACUCACUAUCCCUAUUCUCUCUCUUUCUAUCCACUCAUCAUCUCUCUCCCACCUUCAUCUCUCUCCCCUCAUUUCUCUCUCCCCCUCUUUCCUCACCUCUCUCUCCCCUUCCUCUCCUCCUCUCUCUCUCCCACAUUUAUCUCUCUCCUCUCAUUUCUCUCUCUCCCUUUCUCCUCACCUCUCUCUCCUCUCAUCUCUCUCUCCCAAAUUUAUCUCUCUCCCCUCAUUUCUCUCCCUCUCUCCUCACCUCUCUCUCCCCUUCAUCCCUCUUCUCCUCUCUGUCUCCCACAUUUCUCUCUCUCUCCUCAUUUCUCUCACUCUCUCUCUCCUCACCUCUCUCUCACCUCAUCUCUCUCCUCCUCUCUCUCUCCCACAUUUAUCUCUCUCCCCUAAUUUCUCUCUCUCCCUCUCUCCUCACCUCUCUCUCCCCUUCACCUAUCUCCUCCUCCUCUCUCUCUCCCACCUUCAUCUCUCUCCUCUCAUUUCUCUCUCUCUCUCUCUCCCCACCUCUCUCUCCUCAUCUCUCGCUCCCCUCAUUUCUUUAUCUCUCCAGAUUUCUUUUUCUUGUCAACUCUCUAGUAUUAAAUUUCUUUCUUUCAUUCCUUUUUUCUUUUCUUUCUUCCUUCCUUCCUUUUUUUUUCCUUGUCUCCCCUCUUUGUAUGUUUCUUUCUUUUCCUGUCUCCCUUUUUUCUUUCCUUUAUUCUUUCCCUAUCUCCCUUUUUUCUUUCUUUCUUUCUUUCUUUCUUUCUUUCUUUCUUUCUUACAGGCCUGUAUAUUUGCCAUCGCUUCCCGCCACACGAAGCAUUUUUUUUCCUACUAUCGACGCCAUUUUCGGCAAAUUACAGCCAUUUAUAUCCGAGUGCCAAUUUCUCAUUUGCUCCCCUUUCCUGACCCCAACGACAGAAGGUCACGUGACAGUCGGGUUGCGGCCCUCUACUCAAUCACCAGAAAGGCAUUCACCAUUUUGGAACUUUGGUUUAUGUUGGUUUGA